UUAUCUUUCGUUUGUCAAAAUAUUGGCUAUUAAAUAAUAAUUUGUUACAGUUAGGAAAUACUGCUUCUUAAGGCAAUAUAACGAUAUAAAUAGAUUAUGACUUUUAUAGUAGAGACUAGCGUGUGAAAAGUGAUAGAACUUUAAAGAUAAAAUUGAUUUAGGAUAUUGUGAGUUAACGUGAUUUAUAUACAUGAGGUCGGAUAUUUUCUACACUAUACUUCAGUGUCGUGAGAUAAAAUUGCGGAGUAAAGAUCCCAGAUCCCAACAAAAAGCUCGUAAAUCGGAUGUGUAAACAAAGACAGAGGAGAUGGUUAUUAAUUAUCUAUAAAAUCUUCAAAGGCAGUCGUGUUCGCUAGUGCAUUUGAAUGAAGAUUUCGCCGAACAAAAGACUAAUAUCUUUGAAACAACAAGAGGUUUAAGGCAGGCCUGGGCGGACAUUGUUGAUGUAUUGUUUGAUAACGUUGAAGACAGAGAUAAGGCUAUUCAACUUACUGAUCACGAUCUACACGGCAAUAUUUUCAACUAAACAUAAAGUAAACAAUAAACAAUAUUUCAGAACAAGUCUCGGAGCCGAGUCAAUUAGACACAACCCGAUUAUUGAUAACAUUCGACUGAAAAGUAAAGGAAAUGGAUUUUUACAAUUCACAUGGUAUUAUAACUAAGUCAAUAGGGUGAAAUGAAUAUAGUUGUUCGGCAUUAUAUUUAACCGGAGUGACCUGUUUAUUAUCAAUAUAUAAUAUACAAGUGUUUCUUUAAAAUCAUGAUCAUAAAAUCACUAUAUGGAUUAGGUACAUCUAUUGCUUUACUUUCUUUGGCAGUUAAUUACAAGAUUUAAUUGUUAGAUGUGAAAUCGAUUUGCUACUGCGUGAAAGACAGCUAUAACACUUUGCUGAUUUUUGUGAGAAAAUUAUUAGGGUUAUUCAGGUACCCUGGAUAUUAGAUUACCAUUCGGUCUCACGUCGCAUAAAUUAUCUAUUGAAACGAAAAGUUCAAUAAAUACACUGACAUUGAACAUCUAUGUCAAAUCUUCGCCUCAACUCUAAUGAAGCCAAUUUGUGUGUUCUAACUUCGGCGUGAGACAUUAAAGACGACAAGUGGACCUCAACACCUACCACUUGACAUGUUCUUAUCCUUUUCAUUAGCUCGCGGUUGUACACACAACUGAUUCUCUUUAAAAGGCUCAAAUUGAUUUUCAAAUAUACACUUCUCAAACGGAACACAAUUGGAAGCGUAUGAUAAAACAGAUUUUGAGGAAAUUGAUUUAUCCGUUGCAUGGAAACAAAGACACAAAUAUUUUGUGAAGAUUAUAUUCAAGAUAUGUUAACCAAACGGGAAAAGUAAUAACCUCUCGGUUGUUUAUUUAUUAACGAAUCUUGCACUAUUUUGCAUGUGUUAUAUAAGCAAUGCGUGAUAAUCAAUUUUUGAUUUUUUGAGCGACAAAAUAUUCAAAAGUAAGAACCGUGAAGGUCACACGAAAUAUUGAAAUUGGGAUCUGUGGAUAUGUGUUUAUGUACAAUUUUUAACAUUAGGCAAGUAUUAAAUGUUCCUUAUAUAUUGAGAAAAUCUACUUAGAUAUUACACAUUUAUUAAAUAUGCGUGUAUUGAUAAACGGAAGACAUUCGCGUACUUAAAACCCUGAAAUUUGAAAGAUAAGAGUAAAAUUUGAAUAAUAUCUAGUCUGAUGUAACUAACAUAACUUAUCUGCAGUGUUAAAACUUUUCUUAAAUAAUCGGACCUAGAUAUGAUAGACAUGUCUAUGUCAUAUUUCAUGUGAUAAGCGAAAUAUAUCAAAGCAGUUCAAUAUAGAUAAUUGAACAAUUAAGAGAUAUACUUUACUUCAAUGUGAAGAUUAUAAUUCAAGGAUUGUUAGAUCUAUAUGCAAGCAAUGGCUUGAAAUAAAAUUGAAAAAUUCAGACAUAUUUCUAAAAGUCAGUGAUAGCAUUAAUCCAUAUAAAACGUAAUAGAAAUAGUAAGUCAGUGGUAGGAUUAAUCCAUGCGGAUUAUCUGAGCGGAUAUAUAACGCUCGACUCGGGAACGACAUUGUGUACGUAUGUAAAUGAAAUAAAACAGCCAUGAUGUUCCGAGUUAAGUGAUUUUAAUAUCCCAUGUUUAGGAUUACUGAAGUGUAGUGAUUGAAGGGCAGAUAAAGAAGAUUUGUUAAUGGUAAUGAAAACCACAUAAUGAUAACGACAAGAAUAGAAUAAGGGGAGUUUACAUGAAACUAAACGUUAUAUCUGCAUAAUUUGGAAUAUUAUUGAAAAAAGUGGGUCUUAUUUACAGGCUAUAAGGAGUACGAUUAGACACUGAAAUUGGAUUUCUAUUGCGGAACACAAAUAAACAGCAUGGUAUUUUUAACCGGAAGGUAUAAAUAACGACGGAGUUGACAUAAACGCCUAUUAUACUACAAUUAGUGUGGGCAAUGAAAAGUUAGAUAAUCUGGACAAAUCAAUAUUCGGAUAGAUAAACAUUUACUUUUAAUUGUAAAAUUGUGUUGAAUUAUUUAUAUCAGACUGGAUACCUCGGUGAAUUUUACACCAUUUUAACGUGUUUCCAGAUAAACUGACGAGAAUUGGAUAAUAAGGAAAGUUGUUAGAUCGGCAAUAAAAAUGCAAUUUUCUUGUCAUUCACCUGACCAUUAUUGAAUCGUAUAUAUUGAUUAAACCUGGUUUCUCCAUUUAGAUAUAGAAUAAGACAAUUUGUACAGAACAGAUUGUAUCAAACACAUCAAAGUCGACAGUUGUCAGGAAACAAAGAGAAACAAAAAAGACUAUAUUGGCUAUAGACAAAGAGAAAUAUCAACAAACAAAGCUAGGCGCCCUUCACUGAAUACUGGAUACAAGUUUCAUAAAGGUUACUGAGUGAUUGUGGAUUAAUAUUGAAUUAAUGAAUCCUCAUUUAUGUCUUUACAUAAACACCCUUGAUUUCAUACAUUACUUUCAUUCAGUAAACAUUUAUUGAACGGUGACAUUACACUGGGACAUCUAACACACAUAAACCACGGAUCAAUUCAGCAAGAGCUAUAACAUGCAUAUCGUCAUUUGUAAAACAUAAAGAAUGUACUUUGUCAAUACAAGAAAUGUUGAAUAAAGAUAUGGAUACAGUCAGCGUUCUCACCUGGAGCUUAUAAUGGAAAACAGUUCGUUUUAAUAAAAGAAAGCGGCGUUCGGAUUUGAGAUGCGAAAAAAAACAUGUGUGUUUCAGUACAAAUCAAAUAGCGAAUUUAUCCUUAAUUCCGUGCGAUGGGUACUGUUUAUAUGAUAGUAGGUGCCGGAUUAUUUAUGUUAGAGACUGUACUACAGUUGUGUGUAGUUGGAACACAUAGCAAAGGUUCCGAGGCAUUGUUUGUAGUGCUUCUAGCCAUUGUGAUGGGACCUUUAAUACUGAUAAACUUCGUGUCGGCCAUACAAGUCACGAGGACACAAGAUUUCACCGGGAAAAGUUUCGGUAGGGCGAUAUGCAUAGUAUUUCAUUCCUUCCAACUUGGUACUGUGUGGCGAGCCUUAAAACUGCUGAUUUUAUUCGAUCAUAAAGACUGGCUGGAUUAUUUAAAUAUGAGACUAUUUCACACAGGGUUUCAAAGUCUUCCAUUUAGUAUAGUUUUAUCUUGUAGUAUACUCAUAAAUGAAACAAAAGCAGCGCUGGAUAUUGUAACUAUAGUUGUAACACUCAUAUCAGCUUCCAUUUCAUUGACUAUAUAUAGAACAGGGAAUGUUCUCUAUGACGCAGGCGACACUGAAAAUAGACCAUUUUCUAUAAAGAAACAUGUUUGUAUUGUGUUCUUGUCACUCAGCACAUUUUCAGUAUUGCUGUCUAGAUAUGCAUCUAUUGUUUUAUUUGCUGUUGUUCAACCGUUAUGGAUUAUAUUGCCAUUGUCUUUACAUUAUUUCAUAAAUCUUUGCAUUGAAGUAUGCAAAUUUAAAUGUUAUGAAGAUAAUACUUUAUAUAAGGUAGCUAUUGCUGUAUAUAAAUCUUUUGUUAAUAUGUUUGACAUGGUUGGGAGAGAUUAUACUGGUGUAAAGUGUUCCUAUGUGUUGUUCUACAGUUUAAUAUUAAUAGAAAAUUUAGUGUUCAGUUCGUAUUGGAUGUUAACGUCAUCGUUUGAUGAGAGAUUCAAACUUCUGGCUGUGCUUAUGAUACUAAUGUGCUUCAUUGUUGGAUUAAUUGUUAAAUUCGCAAGUUGUGGGUGUAUAUUCAAUAUAGAAUCAGAUAUUUUAAGUGAUGCAUUUAACAACCCGGAAUUAAAAGAUGAAUUAAAAGACAAGUUUGACAAAGCUACUACAAAUACUGUCGACCAGAGUGAUACUGUGUUUCAUGAAAUUCGCCCUGAGGAAAGUGGACAAGGGCCUGGUAUAUCAGUGAUUUCAAGAAGCGUAGAGACACCGGGUACUAGAUCUAAGCAUUCUAAACAAGGAAGUUCAAGCACGUCGUCAAACAGUCGUCUUAGAGAAUAUGAUAACCAUGCUUUUGUGACAUCUCAGGGAAAUAUUUCAUUACAUUCACAAAUGACUCUAAACAGUACAAAACGAUCUCAAGGCAGUGAUAACAAACAUUCUUCUGAUGGUGCUGAUAUUUCAUGUGAAUUUAGAACUUUAUCAGGCAGCAGCCAAGAUAGAUCAUAUAGUAGUAAGAAUCGAUCACGUGGCAGUCGCGAGCCGUCUGCUGGUAGUACCAAACGAUCUCGAGGUAAAGGACCUUCUAAAUCAAAACAUAAACUCCCAACUGAUGUAGCAGAUCCAUAUUCAACAGUAGAUUCUAGAAAACUACCGCUUAAACCAAAGAUAAUCGUGUCUGACACAAGUAAACAUGCAACAAUGCAACAAUUACAAACUCCAACUCCAAGACAUUUAGCAAAAAUAAACAAUGCAGAUCUCGCAUCAUCUAAUAGUAGAUAUAGCAGAAAUACCAAUACAUUGAAUGGAAGUUUUCAGCAUUAUAAUUAUAACGGAUUUGAUGACCCAUAUAGGGAAAAGAAAUUAUUAAAUAAACAACGAACACACUCUAGGUCGAAUAACUAUCACCAACAAAAUCAUCGCCACAGACAUAUUCAUCACAAAUAUCAGCCAAAUAUGGACUAUUCAUUAGAUUCAUCAGAACUAUAUCCUUAUAUGACGUCAGACACGUCAAGUAUGUCAUCAUAUACGGACACCAAUGAACGAAACUGGCGUAAACAGCGUCAGCGGAUAAGAAAUAAAUGCCGGCAUUUUGAAUCGCGUGACGGCUAUUCAACGGAUGUCUCAAAUUCGGAUUACCUCAGUUUUAAUGACUACUCAAUGGAAGAUUCUAGCUCGUGGACAGGUUCCUCUUCUUCCUCGUCAGACGGCGCUGCAACCUGGCCGCCUUCACAUACCGCGAAUUUGCUCAAAAUGUACAACAUUCCUGACAAAAACUCUUCCACGGAAAACAUCAUGCAUUGGUUAGAUACAAUGGACAUGGAAGGAUCCGGGCAUGAAACAUCUUUUUCAACGCUUCACGAGCCUUCUAUAGCUAGUGAUACAGAUAUAAGUUUAAGUGCAAUGCAAACUUUUGAGGUUAAAAAAGAGAAAAAGAAAUUUAAAAGAUUAAUGUCAAAACCAAAAGGAUUAUUCUUAAAGUUUUCAAGCUUGAAUUACAAAGGAAAGGAGAAGAGCCACCACAAUAGACCGUACCCAUUAAAAAGGGAAACGGGCCUAGAUGAUAGAUUAACUAAUACGGCAUAUAAAGAUACGCAGGUAGAGCAGGUAUCAAUGGCUCAAUGCAAUAAUGGAACAGUCGCUCUUCCAACCAUGCCAUUACCGGUCGAUAGUGUUCAAGAAUCUAUUGUUUAGUAUUAAAUUCAUUAACAUAGUUCAUGUCAUAAGAUAUGUCCAUUAUCUUAAAAUAUGUAUUAAAUUUGAUACGAAUAUUUUUUAUCUAGAUUAUAUUUGUUGAUAAAAAUAGAUUAUCGAAAUUGC